UAGACUGUUCACGUGAUAAAGCUUCAAACUGCAAAAUGGCGAACGGGUGGCGGCUGCUAUUGCUUCUUGCGUGCAUUUCAGCGUUAUGUGAUGUAGUUUUGCUAAAAGGAAUCCUCUAUCCUCGAGAUUCUGAAAGUAGAACAGUCAAAACCUUGGAUGGCAUGUGGAAUUUCAGAGCAGAUGCGUCAUCGUCGCGAAACCAGAGUUUUGUGGAUCAGUGGUGGACAAAACCACUUGAGGCGACAGGACCUGUCCUCACUAUGCCAGUGCCAUCUAGCUACAAUGAUAUUACCACUGACAAAAACCUAAGAGAUUUUGUAGGUUGGGUGUGGUACGACAGAGAAUUUUUUGUUCCUGCAAACUGGAUCAACCAACGCAUCAUCCUGAGAUUUGGGAGUGCUCAUUAUUAUGCCAUUGUGUGGGUGAAUGGACAACAAGUUAUGACCCAUGAUGGAGGUCACCUUCCAUUUGAAGGUGCAAUAAAUGCAGUGGUGAACUUGAGUGGACCAAACCGUGUGACUGUGGCUGUAAACAACACUCUCUUGCCAACCACCCUUCCCCCUGGAUCCUUAAGUUUUCAACAUGAUGUUAAAAGGUAUCCUGUAGGCUACUUCACUCAGCAACUGCAGAUGGACUUUUUUAACUAUGCUGGCAUUCAUCGCCAUGUGCAUCUGUACACCACCCCACAGACAUACAUUGAUGACAUUACUAUUGUCACCAGCAUUAGUGGUGGAGAUGGGAUAGUGAAUUAUGAGAUCACCACUGCUGGAGGUGCACCAGGAGCUGUUCAAGUGUCCGUAGUCAGCAAGGAGGGGCGUACUGUGGUGCAGCUGUACAACCAGCUUCAGGGCACUGUGACCAUUCCUAAUGUCCGUUUGUGGUGGCCCUACACCAGCAUGCCUAGUGAUCCUGGAUACAUGUACACACUAGUGGUCAAUGUCUCUGGGGACAUAUACCGACAACCUUUUGGGGUUCGAACAGUGGCUGUGACUGAUACGCAGCUGCUUAUCAAUGGACGCCCCUUCUAUUGCCUUGGAGUAGACAAGCAUGAAGAUGCAGACAUACGUGGCAAGGGGCUAGACUAUGCAUUAAUAGCACGGGACUUCAACAUGAUGAAAUGGCUGGGUGCUAACUGCUUCCGCACAUCUCACUACCCGUAUGCUGAGGAAAUCAUGGACCAGGCUGACCUGCAGGGAAUCGUUGUUAUUGAUGAGUCUCCAGGAGUAGGAAUAUCACAGGUUCAAAAUUUUGGUCCCAUUUCUCUGGCCCAUCACAAAGACGUCAUGACAGAAAUGGUACAGCGUGACAAAAAUCGGCCAUCGGUCAUCAUUUGGUCAGUAGCAAAUGAACCUUCAUCAUAUCUCCCAGAAGCAGAAGCUUACUUCAGAGAUGUGAUUGCCCAUACAAGAGAUGUGGACAAAGCCAAAAGGCCUGUGACAUUUGUUGCAAGUGCUGACUACACCAAUGAUGUUGCAACACAGUUUGUUGAUAUUUUGUGUGUGAACCGCUACUACGGCUGGUAUAGUGACACAGGCCAUACAGAGGUCAUACAGCUACAACUCAGUGCAGAUUUAGAGGGCUGGCGAUCUGUUCACCAGAAACCCAUCAUCAUUACUGAAUAUGGUGCUGACACUGUGCCUGGCUUACAUGAGUAUCCUGAAUUUGUCUUCACAGAAGAGUACCAGAACACAUUUAUGUCUGAGUAUCAUAAGACUUUUGACAAGUACCGUACCCAGUUCUUGGUCGGGGAGAUGGUUUGGAAUUUUGCAGACUUCAUGACAACACAGGAUGUCAGACGUGUGGUUGGAAACAAAAAAGGUGUGUUGACACGUCAACGUCAGCCAAAAGCUGCUGGUCAUCUGCUGCGAGCACGUUACCUCUCUUUGUCCAACAGCACUACUCUCUAUUUUCAGUCCCACUAGGUUUACUAGGUCUUCGCAGGGUGCCAGUGUCUAUUUUACACUGUGAUUUCUCAACGCAUCAUGGGGAGUUAUUCUUCUUUUCUAGGCAUUAUUGUUAAUGACACUCUUUGCAUGACUAAGAAAUCUAAAAAAUUUAUUAUAAAGUCUUGUAUUUUUAUAAUUGCAUUUAUAUUUUAUAUAAAACGAACUGAAAACAUUUGAGAGGUGGGUUAAAGCUAUGCACAUUCAUAAUAUUAUUGUGUGUAAGAGGCUGUCCCUUGUCAUAAAGGCCAAAACGUUUCUGCCAAUUACUACGAUUUAGUUGAUCAUAUAAUUCCACUUCUUUAUUGCAGCUUAAAUUUGGCAAUGGACAUAAGAACUUGACAUUUUAUAUUGACACUUUAGAAUAGAUUUUUUUUUUUAUCACGUUUUAAUUUACUUUAUGAGACACUGAUGUUUGAUGGACAUGACAUGGUUUCCUAUAAUUUACCUCGGUACCCUUUUAUUCCAUCAGAUUUAAAUAGGCCAAACUUCUCUUUUCUAGCAUGACUUAUUUUGCACAUACAAUUUACAUAGUUUUUAAAAUCUAUUUUUGUGAUGCACUUUUGUUGUCUUAAGCUGGGUGAAGAUAUAUAGUUAAAUGCACCUUUCUAUACAUGCUUCCAUUAAAUUCACUUGUCAUAUAUUUUCCCAAGUCCCUUUUUUAUUCAGUAGGCACAAAUACAUGUCACAUAUUUUAUUUACGUGCAAGUUGGAACAAAACAUUACUCAUUUUUAUGGAAAACCACAAAUUACAAAAUUUUCUAAGAGAAUACUAGGUAUAUAUAAAGUUAAUAAGGAAGAAACCCUAAAUUUUUUUUUACAAAUCUAUCCAUUACUUCCUAUUUAGAAAAUUUGACUCUCACUGUCAGAACUAAAACAAAUAAGAUUUUAAUUUCUGGAAUAAACAUUUGUUAUGUGACUCAUCUUUCAGAGAAUAUAUGAUUCUUAUGAAAAAAUCUUUUUAGAUUAUUUAAGGGCUUAAAAUUUUUAAAUGAUGCUUGUUUGUGUACAUGUUUGAGAUUUAUGACAUUCAGAAUAGCAGUUGCAAAUUUAGCCAAAGAUGAGUUUAUUUUUGUAUUGUUUUAAACAGAGAUGCCUAAUGCUUUGAUGAUUUGUUGCAACAUUUUGUACAAUUCUAAAGUACAUUUCCAAUGUUAUGAGGGUAUUAAUACAGAAGGUAAGUGCAAUUUCCAAACUUUUUUACUGCUGAGUCUUCAUUGCAUAUCAAUGGCAGUUAAUAAAAUUUAAAUUAUUAUCAGUCUGCCACA